AUAACGACGGUGAAUUGGCUGCUGAAAUAAACGAUUAUUCUGAGAUUUUGUUUCCAAUAACAAUGCAAUAUCUUUGGGAUACCAAAGUAAAACAUUUAAAUUACAUUUCACGAACUAUCCGGACUCGUUACUUCGGAAGUGGAGAAAUCAACGAAAGCACAGCUAAUGAAAUGACUUCGAUGUAUUCGGAUGGUCUUUUUACUUUAUGUACUUUGAAUGCAAUUCACUCUUAUCCUGGUCCGAAAUAUGUAUAUCUGUACAAUUACAGAGGAAAUUAUUCGAUGUCGGUGCAAAAUAUUAUCGCAAAUUGUGACCAAUUUCUAGGCGUUAGCCAUGCAGAUGAAGUAAAUUUGUUCUUCCAACGAGAAGAUACUUGCGAUUUUCUUACCAAUGAUGAUAUAACGUUUGGUGACGAAUUGAUUAAAAGAUGGAUUAAUUUUGCCAAUUCGAGUGAUCCUAAUUUACCGAUGAAAAUAAACGAGACCAUAAUGAGUGCUUGGGAGCCAAUGACGUCUAACAAAGUCGAAUACAUUUUUCUUGAUUGGAAUGGUACUAUGUCAACCGAUAUGUACAAGGAAGAGUACAUGUUUUGGAAAAGUUUACCACUUGGUAGCAAAUAUUAUGAGAAUGGAAAGUCGUGAGAGAAGAAACUGCUUCUUCAAAUUAUUGCAUUGGAUUGCGGUGCCGGGAGACUUAGAAAUGUCGGUAUUAAUUAAGACAACAGAUAAUCAUGAAUGAACAAAGAUAACAAUGCUUGACUUAUCAACCCCUAUAUCAUUAAGUAAUUAUGGAGACAUGAAUAAACUAAGGAAGUAAAAUGAUCCAUUGAUAAGAUAACACCGCUGGCGGUAGACUACCUGCGUACAUAAAACAAGAUAACAAUUACUAUAUUACCACGUGAUGCGCAUUUUACCUAGACACCGAUUCAUUUGAAAUGAUUUUACGAGAUUUAUAGCAUAACUAUAACAGACAAUACGGUACCUACAUCAAAAGCAAGAUGUAUAAAUUUUUAAUCAUCGCAAUUGCAACGCUCUCGGUGGAAUCAUUAAUUGUCACCAUAAACCAAGGAAUUAUAGAUGGAACACAUUCAACGACCAGAAGUGGUAAAAUAUUUAAUGCUUUUUAUGGUAUUCCAUUUGCUCAACCACCUACGGGCAGACUACGAUUCAAGUCACCAAAAGAAGCCAAGCCAUGGAAAGGAGUUUUAAACUCCACUACACCUGGACCAGUAUGUUUGAACAUUCCGCAAGGCUCUACUGAAAUCGUUGGCGACGAAGAUUGUUUGAAUCUAAAUGUGUACUCUCCUUUGAAUGCUCGACAAGGUGAUAAUUUGGCAGUAAUCGUGUACAUUUUUGGUGGUGCGUUCAAAUGGUCUUCAAACAUGGACUUUGGUCCAGAAUAUUUACUGGAUCAAAACGUUAUCGUCGUUGUGCCGAAUUAUAGAUUAGGUGCCUUGGGACUUCUAUCCACUGGAGACACAGUUAUAUCAGGAAACUAUCAGUUGAAAGAUCAGACAAUGGCGUUGAAGUGGGUUCAACAGAAUAUACGCCAUUUUGGAGGUGAUCCGAGCAAUGUUGCUUUACACGGUUAUAGUUCUGGUGCCGCUUGCGUUCAUUUGCACACCCUGUCUCCUGCGAGUAAAGGAUUAUUUCACAGAGUUAUCAUGCAUAGCAAUGCAGAGGCUGGUAUUUUUUACCCUUACAAGCUUGAAGUAAUACGCGGAAUUGUGAAAGAAUUUGCUACCAAAGCUGGAUGUCCUGAUGUGACAACUUCUGAAAAUAUUCACAAAUGUUUGAUGGCUUUAGAUGGGGAGGUUUUUCCUGUAAUUGAACAAAGUAUGACUGUUUGGGAUCAGGAGCCUACUUCGGUUUUUCAACCGUCCACUGAAGAUAAAAAUUCCGAGGAACCAUUCCUUACUGAUCCACCGAGUAGUGCUCAAUAUCAUUCACCCAGUAUGCCUUGGAUUGUCGGUUUAACCACAGGAGAAGGGGCAUAUAAAGCUGCUAAUUUUCUGCAGAAAGAAGGAGAACUGGCAGCUGAAAUUGAUCAGUAUUACAAAAUACUGUUUCCUUUAUCGUUAGCGUAUUUGUGGAAUACAAAAUUAUCGUACUUAAACUUCAUUUCUCAAGUGCUACGAGUACAUUAUUUUGGUAAUCGCAAAAUUGGUGCUGAAACUUCUCACGAGAUGACAGAAUUGUAUUCUCACGGUUUGUUCGGUGUGCCGGUUAUCAGAAAUAUAAGAAGUUAUCCAGGUCCAAAGUAUGUCUACUUGUUUGAUUAUAGAUCAAAUUAUACUACUCAAAAUGAUGAAGGAUAUUAUGAAGAGUUUCUAGGGAUAAGCCAUGGAGAUGACGUGAUAUUAAUUUAUUACACAGAAAAGUCUAAUCUUUCGCUGACUAACCAAGAUCACAUGUUUAGUGAAGAAUUGGUCAAAAGAUGGGUGAACUUCGUCCAAACUGGAAAUCCAAAUCAUCCCCUCGAAAUUAACGAAGACCUAAUGGAUUAUUGGAAACCUAUGAUUUCUGACAGAAUUGAAUACCUUCGUAUCAACUUGAACGGUUCGAUGGAAACUGAUUUAUACAAAGGAACGUACGAUUUCUGGAAAAGUUUACCAAUCGGUGUUGUAUAGAAUAAUUGAGCGUAAAAUGUGCACCUAUUUUUUGUGUAAUUCAUUUUCACUAAUAUGGGUAUUCUUCAAUUUUUUUUAAAGUGAUGAAAGUGUAUGUGGUACUCGUAAUGUUGAAAAUACAAAUCUCUUAUUGUGGUACCUAAUA